GUAUUUUCAUACAUUAUGCAUAACUUGUAAUAGUGAACAGCCUCCACAACAAGGUGUUUUCCAUCCAUCUCUUCAAUAUUGCUAGUUGUUCCAAUGAAGAGCUAUGCAAAUGUUUGCUUACCAUCUGUCGUAAAGAUUCAAUAUGGGGCACUAAUAUUUGUGGGCAUUAUAGUAAAGGAAAAUAGCCUCCUUGCCUAAUCUUAACCUAUUUGACUGAUGGAAAAUGCUUGUAUACUGCUUUAAUGCUGACUGGGGGUAACGUUAGUUGUAAAUCAGAUUCAUGGGUAUGUCACUUUAAGGUCGAGCAGGAGGCGCGCCGGCUGCAAAGCGUCCUUUUGGUUUCCAAGGAAACCAGGGAAAAGUAAGAACGCGGACUCCACUGAUAAUUCGUGCGUUGAGCUGGGUUCUUGCCGCUGGAUUGUUCAAACGGAAAUAUUUCUAGUGAUAAAUGAAUUCGCGUUGAUGCACAUUUACACCCCAUCAACUUUACAUUAGUUUGGCACUAAAGGUUCAUGUGAAUAUCACCUGUUUGUAGCAGGGAGAGCGAUGGAGAAAGAUCAUUCACUGCCACCCCUCUCUCCCAUCCAGUCCCCAGGCAUUCCCUGCAAAUAUCUCUCACUGUCUCCCUCACUACCUCAUUCUUCUGCCACUGUGCCCUCCUCUCCUCCCCUCUCCCCUUACACCCCAAUCUCCUUCCCUCUCACCCACUCCUCUCCCUCCUGUCCCACACUUCCUCAGCACUUCGCUGACUUCACCUCACACUGCCUCGGGUCACCGCUCCCUUCUGACCAGGAUGACCUGACCUGCCUAAGCUGGCUUCACCAGAGACGUAACCUACUCCCCAUGCAGCCUCUGCUCAAGAUCUCCUCACUAGCCUGUGUAGAACCUCAGGACCACGCGCCAGCCCCACAGGGUCCCUCUGCCUUCGGCAAGCCCCCAUACUCCUUCAGCAGCCUUAUAUUCAUGGCAAUAGAGGAUUCACCAGAGAAACAGCUUCCGGUGAAGGGCAUCUAUGAGUGGAUCAUCAACACAUUCUCCUACUACAGGGCUGCCCCGGGUGGGUGGAGGAAUUCAGUUCGGCACAACCUGUCCCUGAGUAAGAGCUUCAGCCGCAUCAACAGGGAUAAGAGUAAGUCUGGUGGAAAGGGGUCAUUGUGGUGCGUGUGUCCAGAAUAUCGACCUGCUCUGUUAGAGGUGCUGAAGAAAACACACUAUUGCCACAGUACCAACAUCAAUCUACUUAACAACCCUGUAUUGCAGGAGGCAGCUGAUUAUGGACUACCGGUCAUGUGUGAAACUGUCGAGAUGUCAGACGACCUUUCCUCCAGUAUGUCCUGCUCCUUGACCCCUGACCAGGAGGAGCUGGUUGCCAUAGAGUCUGUGACACUUCACGAGGAGGCGGAAAAGGAGGGUGAGAAAGAUCCGCUUGCUGACAGUGGCUACAUCGAGCUCCAUUAUUACCAGUAUAACCAGUACCAGUACCUAGUGCUCCCAGGAGAUGCUGACCUGGAUCUGGAGACAGUAGAGAUAUUACAGCUGGACGCAGAGGCCCAGGAAGCUGCCGGUUCACUCCUUGACCUUGCAGGGGGUGGACACUCUGGCUAAUUAACAUAUGAGGUCAAGCAACUACAGUUACUAAACACACUCACAGAGACUGAUGCAAAUGUGUGUGGCUUGACACGCAAUCAUUGCUACAUGCUGACUAUUUAUGGAAUGGAUGUUCAGUGUUGACACCAUAAAACUGCCUGGGAAUUGUUCCUGUCACACAGUGAUGUAGGUACUGUACCUCACAUGAAAAUCACCAAUUGCACUGGAACCCUUUUCCUGAAAUGUUAAGGCUCACCGAAAGCAACAUUCCUCUCAGAUUUUGCAGUAUAAUUCCUUGACAAAAUGUGUUAUUAUCUUUGUGUUUUUCACACUGGUAAUUAAGAAUCAAUUCAUUGUUAUUCAUAAAGGCUAUGUGAGGAACACUUUAAACACUUUGUAAGAAUACUGCCAGUGGUUACACUUUGUUUCAGGGCCCAAAUAUCCACAAAUAACUAAUCUUGUGGUCCUAGUUCAUAGUGGAUGAUUAAUAUGUUACUUAUGAGACAUUUUAGACUUUGUAGACUUCUUUUUAACAUUAUGUGAAUAUUUGAUUGCUUUCUUAUGUAAGUGGCUGAAUUUACUUGUAUCUUGCUUCGUGGAAUAAGUCGGUCACAUAAUUACUGUAUAAUUUGCAUGGCAAUAAAGAGUUCUUUAAAUG